AUGUUAUUUAUGUUUGUUUUCAGUAUGGUUAGUUCUUGCAAGGUUAUUCAUUUUAUCUUUCUCUGGAGUAUGGUGAUUCUUCGAACUACAGACGGGGGAAACGUCACAUGGUAUGAACCUCCUCCGGUUGAGACAGCAUCAGAUCCCGGCAUAGAGCUCACAGCGCACAGUCGACAGUUUCUUCAAGGAUCUACUCAUGUACAACUGAGCUGGAACUUCAGUCUGACGCCAGACUUAAGUCUGAGUUCGGUAAUUCUAAGGCUAAAUAGUGUGCAAGUUGCCGCUGUCGUGCUAUUAUCGGGAAUAGCUGGAUUAUCAUCAGGUUUUGAGGGAAGGUUCAACUUCACAUGGAUUUCCCAGAGAGCCACUUUGAUUAUUUUCAAUGUGACUGAAGAGGAUGAUGGAGAAUUUACCUGUGACCUGACUACUUUCCAAGGAGUAGACCAGAAAUUGUGGAAACGCAAGAUGAAAGUGGAAGUUUUAGUUGAAACCAGUUUAACCAAUUACAGUGGUGACCAGACUGUCAAUGAAGGUUCAAGUCCAACUUUGUUUUGUGAUGCAACUGGUAAACCAACUCCAAACGUUACUUGGACCAGAGUAUUAAAGAAUGGUACAGAUGGUGAUGUAGUGUUCUUUGGAAACCCUUGGGUUAUUGUAAACAUCAGCAGAACUGCUACUGGAACACACCGCUGUACAGCUUACAAUGGAAUUGGAAAUCCAGUCAGCCAUUCACUUUAUAUCAACGUUACUUAUCAGCCUGAUAUGGUUACCUUGGUAACUAACACAACUGAGAACAAAGACUGUUCUGAUUUGUGGGUGAAUUUCACUUGCAUCUCAUCUGAAGCCAAUCCACCAGUUUAUAAUUAUCUGCUUUCUGAUGGUGAAGAUGGAUUCAAUUUACGUAAGAGUGGAACAUGGAUAACCAAGAUAUCAAGAGAAGGAAAGUCUAUUUUCAACUGCGUAGCAUAUCAGCCUACUAAAAAUGUAACAAGCAAGAACAAUGUUACUCUAACUGUAAAUGUACCAGUUUCCAUUAAUCUGCCAAAGAAAAAUUUCAUUUUUGAGGAAGGUGGCAAUGUGGAAGUGCACUGUAAUGCAGCUGGGAGUCCUCGUCCAACUGUUAUCUGGAGAAAGGUUCAGGGUGGUGGUUAUAACCCCACUGAGGGAAAAUUACUGAUCAUCACUAACAUCAGCCGAGCUCAAGCUGGAGAAUACAGGUGCACUGCAAACAACACUUGUGGAGAGAAGUCUACUGUGACAACCAUUGAUGUUCAGUUGCUAGUGCGGUACAUGUUCUUGUUCGUGAGAAGAAAACCCAGGAGUUAA